CCGCGAUGAGCGCACCAAACAGCUUUUGUUCGCAUCCUUUGACCUGCGCAAACAACGAAACACAGACUCGACCCCAUUGACUGCCUCCACCAAAAUCUUUGAGGUGGUCAUCGGAGCUCUUGCUUCACCACAACCUCGCCAAGCUAUAAUUGGACCCCGUCAACACGCUUAAAGGCGCCCCGCCCGCCAUCGCCCAUACACCGCGUCACCCCAUGCCCUCACAAACAGACGCGCCCGUCACCAUGUCUUCCGCCGAAGAGCCCAUCGCCACACCUCCAGCGCAGGAGACCCCUGCCGAGGCUCCCGCCGAGAUCCCCGCUGGGAAUACCAAUGAAGCCCCGGCAGAAGAGAGCUCGGUCGCGCAGGCCCAAGUCGAUGGCAGUGAACUUCCAGGAAACGGCUCUAACAUGGUCGAGACUGAGUUCAACGUCGAGGUGAAGCUUGCGGAUAUGCAGGCGGACCCAGACAAUCCCCUAUUCUCUGCAAAGACAUUCGAGGAGCUCAAGCUCUCCAAGGACCUUCUUCAGGGUAUCCAAUCUAUGAACUUCCGCAAGCCAUCGAAGAUCCAGGAGAAGGCCCUGCCUCUGCUUCUUAUGGACCCUCCCACGAAUAUGAUCGCGCAGUCGCAGUCUGGCACUGGCAAGACCGCCGCUUUCUCUCUGAACUGCCUGUCGCGCGUCGAUCUCUCAAAGCUGAGACCGCAAGCGCUGGUACUCGCACCCAGCCGGGAGCUCGCGCGCCAGAUCCUGGGCGUGAUCACACACAUGGGACAGUUCAUGGACGGCCUUAAGACCAUGGCUGCCAUUCCUGAUCCCUCCAGACGUGGCCAGAAGUUUGAGGCGCAUAUUCUUGUUGGUACACCAGGAACUGUCACAGACAUGCUGAGGAGGCGCCUUAUCGACCACAGUGGCAUCAAGAUUCUGGUGCUCGAUGAAGCCGACAACAUGCUUGACCAGCAAGGUCUGGGCGAGCAGUGUACGCGUGUCAAGACGAUGCUACCAAAGGACUGCCAGACGGUACUGUUUUCUGCCACAUUCCCUCCCAACGUCAUCGCCUACGCCAACCGCUUUGCACCGAACGCCAACGUGCUCACCCUCGCUCACGAAGAUUUGACCAUCGAGGGCAUCAAGCAGCUCUACAUUGAUAUCGACAAGGACAACGACAAGUUUGCGACGCUGUUGAAGUUCUACGGUCUCAUGACACAAGCGUCUUCGAUUAUUUUCGUGCGCACUCGCCGAACUGCGGAGGAGCUUGAGCGUCGCAUGACAGCCGAGGGACACAAGGUUGCGCAACUCAGCGGCGCUAUGGAAGGCCCAGAUCGUGACAUAGUCAUCGAUAAGUUCAGGUCUGGCGAGGCCAAGGUGCUGAUCACGACGAACGUGCUUGCACGUGGGAUAGAUGUGCAGUCCGUGACUAUGGUCAUCAACUACGAUGUUCCCACCAUGGCCAACGGCCUUGACGCGGACCCCGAGACGUACCUGCACCGUAUCGGUCGAACCGGACGUUUCGGACGUGUUGGUGUUGCUCUCACAUUCGUGCAUGACAAGAACAGCUGGAACCAGCUGAACGACAUUGCGACAUACUUCAAGACCGACCUCGUUCCGAUCGAUACAAGCGACUGGGAUGCCGUGGAAGAACUCAUCCAGAAGGUCAUCAAGAGCUCUCGUGCUGGCAAGACCACCCAGGAGAUGAACGACAUCGUUGCCGGCGACGCCUAGUGGACGCGAAAGAGACGAGCCUGAAUAUCACUUGGAUGAAAUAUGAGGUGGAUAUGUACGAGCAUGUGAAGAUGAUGAUACGCAGUGGCGUCGAUUUACGAUGUGCACAAUGGUGGAGAUAGACGCUGUCCUUAUAGCGAGCAUACGCAUGGUGGACGAUAAACGUCCGGAAUUAGACACAACGCAUGCAACUUUCGAGAUACCCCAUAUCUGUUCCAAACAUGCCCCU